ACGAAGCGAGGUGAGGCGAGCCGAGGCAGACGCGCCCCUUCCACGGGAGCGCGGCGUCUCCUGCUCCCCGUCCUGCGGAAGGCGGCGUCUCCUCCGGCGACGACCGCCUUCCCCUCCUCCAGCGACGAUCGCCUUCCCCUCCUCCGGCGAAGCGCGGUGUCUUCUCCUCCCGUGACGGCUCCCUGAAUCCGCCGCGCCGCGCGUUUCUCGGCUCGCGUGUGGAGCGCAGGAGCGAUUCCGGCGGCGGGGGAGGGGUGGCCGCGGCUGCUGUCGGGGGUCAAUUCUCACCGUACGCUUCGGUCUUCCUUUGCUGUCGCAUGGACUUCGGGUGUGCCGGUGGUGGCCACUGCCGUGGGAUCGAGUCACCCAGCUCCUUGUAGCCGUGGACUUUGGGUGUGCCGGUGAUGACUACUGCCGUGGGCUAGAGGUGUUGUCCCUGAUACGAAUUCGUUAUCAAGCAAUUAGGGAUCAAAUAUGGCGUCAUGCCAAGAAUGAAAGCGGGCUGAGAGAGAGGCCGGGAAGAAAGUUGCACAGGCUUUCAAGGAAGGAGCUAUUUGGAGGUUGAAGUUGCGUAUUCUUACUUGGUUAAUGUGGAUUUUGCUAUGCGCUGAGUGGAUAUCAACAAACCGGGUACAUGAUGGUCUGCGCAUGGCAAUUCUAGCAGCGCCAUGGACAAUCGGUAUUUUGUAUUGCUCUACGGAUUGGGUCCGAGAUGUUUGCUGGGUUCUUAUGCUGUACAUUUGGCCUCAAUGGAUGCUGAACCUAAUACCCGGAGAGGGAUCAGUGAGACAGUAUCUGAACAAGUAUGGAGUUGUUGAUACGCACCCAAUUGAGGGUGGUGGUUCAGCGGUCAUCUGCACCAAGUAUGGUAGAAAUCUGUGGUCAGGGUUUAUUAAGGUGAUAACUGAUGCUCAUAACCGGCACCAAAGUUGGGGCGGGCAAUUCACUAUGGAGGAUCUAAGGAUGAGUGGACACCGCUGCCGCAUUAAGCGUGAACCCAUGUGCGAUGGAAGUUUUGCCAAUCUGCUAUUAGAUCUGUCCAUGUUGGCUAGGCUAUUGCUGGUAGAUGAAUUCAGAGAUUCCCAAGGAUAUCCAAUUAGUUAUAUCCAGGAAUUGUACAACUUGAUGGUCUCCCCUACAGUUGGUUCAUGUCCUUCAAAGGCAAAGAAGGAAAAGUUCCUUAAAUUCCUGCACAACCAUCCAGCAGUCAAGUCACCAAGAGCAGUCACGAUCCUCAUAAGUGCAGUCUUCCAAGCCUAUAAAUCAAUGGGUCAAAUAGAGAAACAGAAAGUUGAUGACCUUGUGGCUAAGACCAAGCUUACUACUAAGGAUUGGAGGGUAGACGCUGCGUUGAACUCGUUACUUAACAAGGUGUUGCUAUUCAAGUACAACGACCCCAAUAACACUCUGACCAGUUAUGCUCCCAAUUCGUGUGACCUUUUUAGGUUCUUACGGAACUUCCAGCAGCAUGGCGGGGAUGCCAAUCAGGGUGAUAAAAAACAAAACAUCUCUAACCUUGAGGAACUGGAGUAUAUUGCUUCAUACAUAUUUCCAACUUUCAUAUCUACGCUUAUUGAAUAUCUUGUUAUGGUGUUGGAUAUGCAGGGGAUGUUACAAUAUGCUUGGGAGAACUACACGUGUUCAGCUUAGAGACUCACAGUAAUGAAAGAGAGAACACUAAGUGAGAAGCGAUUAUCAAGGACAUGAGACCUGGGCAUGUGGUUGAAAUUGCAGAGAACAAGUGAGAAGCGAUUGGCAUGCAGGCCUGGACAUAUUCUGAGUUGACGAAGAAUUAGUUGUUAGCACUCAAUUGCAGAGCGAUCAGAUUAGCUUUUCUUGUCCUGAUGCAGGGUAUAUCGUCUGUUUAGAUGUAUGUGCUUAUUUUUGGUCACUCACCAUUGCUUCGGUUAGCACUCGGUCUGUUUCAGACUAAUAGAAUUAGAUGUUAGCACGCUGUCUUAGUUUUGGUCACUGACCAUUGCUUCGGUUAGCACUCAAUCUGUUUCAGACAUCUAGAAUUAGCUUUUAGCAUGCUGUAUGACUAGGCUCUCUUGAAUGAGGACACUGCCCCUCUUUUAGCACUACGCUGCUUUGUUACUGGUCAAUGGAAGUACUUGUUUUCGGUCACUGACCGUUGGUUCUACUUUGUAUGAACUCCUAUCUUUUUCAUGACGCUGGCUGUUGCUUGUUAUUGGUCAA